AUGGCUUCAAGAACUGCCGAAUUAUUUGAUAUGAUGAGUGCCGCCAUCGACGAAGUGGGUCCGUCACUACAGAAAAAAGUGAACGGAGUUAUCAAGUUUGACAUCGGGGGUGCUGGCGUGUGGCUUGUCGAUCUAAAGAAUGGCAACGGUAGUGUCAAGUCAGCGACUGCUAGUGAAACGGCAGAUGUCACCAUAUCGCUGACGGAGGAAAAUUUUAUCAAGAUGAUGAAUAACAAGCUUAACCCGCAGCAGGCGUUCAUGAAAGGGGUCUUGAAGAUCAAGGGCAAUAUGGGACUUGCUAUGAAGCUGAACGUGGUGCUGGCAGCUACACGCAACUACAUGAAAACGAAUAAGAAGAGUAUUAUGCCUUUAGAUGAUACUGCUCCGGUACCGACGGAGAAAUCAAAGUCAAAGGAAAUCUUUAGUCUGCUGGGAGAUGUGAUCGUUAAAGAUGGCGUUGCAAUGUCCAAAAAAGUGAAAGGCAUUAUCCAAUUUGACGUUACGGGAGCUGGCAACUGGAACUUAGAUCUAAAAAGUCCUACGCCCGCGCUUACUGAAGGAUCUAAGCAAGCUGAUGUGACUAUAACGGUCUCUGAUGCCGAUUUUGUCGACAUUGCUUUAGGAAAGCUCAAUGCACAGCAGGCUUUUAUGAAGGGCAAGCUUAAGCUUAAGGGCAACAUGACGCUUGCCAUGAAGUUGCCUGUCGUUUUUAACGCUAUAAAGCCACAGUCGAAAUUGUAA